CAAGAAUCACUUGAGUGCGUUCUUGUACACAGCUGAACAUUCACAGCGAAGUCCUGUAAAUCUAUCCGUUUGCUUUUAAAGUUUUUGAUUCCUCUUAAAACCGCGCUAAACUCCUGUAACUGAAAAUGCUGCCUGCUACUUUUAAGCUGUGUGCCGGCAUCUCCUAUCGGCAUAUGAGGAAUAUGACAGGUUUGAGAAAGAAUGCCAUGGUGGCUAUUCACCAUGAGCUCAACCGGCUGGCAGGUCCUGGCCCCAGCCACUGGAUCAGCCAAGUCCGUCGACGGAGCUCCCUUCUCAGUUCCCGAAUUGAGGAAGAGGAUGGAUACAAUGAGGAGGAGAUGUCUUAUGUGAAACAAGGUGAGAAUGCGCUCCAGAAGGCCAUCACCAUCCUGAGCGAGCAGGACGGAUGGACUGUAGAAACAGUCGCUGCAAAUGGAGAUAAGGUCCUGAGUAAGGUUCUGCCCGACAUUGGGAAAGUCUUUAAAUUGGAAGUGGUGCUAGAACAGCAUCCUGAAAACCUGUAUGAAGAGCUAGUGGAAAAUAUGGAGCAAAUGGGGGAAUGGAACCCUAACGUCAAACAGGUCAAAAUUCUUCAAAAGAUUGGCCAGGACACGAUGAUUACCCAUGAGGAAUCUGCAGAGACACCUGGAAAUGUGGUGGGACCACGGGACUUUGUCAGCGUCCGCUGUGCCAAACGCAGAGGUUCCACCUGCUUCCUGGCUGGGAUGUCCACUCAGCACCCAAAAAUGCCCGAGCAGAAGGGUGUCAUCAGGGCAGAGAACGGGCCUACCUGUAUAGUGAUGAAACCCUGUGCUGAGGACCCAAAUAAGACCAAGUUUACCUGGUUACUGAGUAUAGAUUUAAAGGGCUGGAUCCCAAAGACAAUAAUCAACAAAGUGCUCUCACAGACUCAGGUGGACUUCGCCAACCACCUCAGGCACAGGAUGGCUAGUAAUGUUUCAAUGGAGAUGGCACAUGCCUGCUGACACAAUACACCUUGAGCUUUGGCACAAUAUGCACAACAGUGUCAGAGGAGCAGCUCCAUCAUCACACAACCCACUAAAAUCUGCUUAACAUUUAGCAAGGAAUAAGGAAAUCCAUAUGGCUUUAGGGAGAUCAAAAGAAAUAAUUGUAACUUUUUUUGAAAAUUCUUGAUGUUAAGGGAGUGGUAACAUUUGUAACAUUGGAAGACUCUGAUUUACAAAAAGACCCCUUUACUUUUAAGAAAAGUUCAACAAAAGACAAAACAUGGAAUUUGCACCACAUAAUUGUAGUCCUCAAUUGUGUCACCACUAUUUGCACUGUACAGCUUAAUAUAAACAAGAAGCUUAAAAUGAUUAUCCUGAAUGUCUCCAGUAUAUCAUCACAUGGACAAAAUCUCGGUAAAGGCUUAGUUUAGCCUGUGGCGUGCAAAAUGAAUAAGGCCUGCUGACAGAUUUAUCUUUAAUUUGUUGUUUCUGAUCACAAAGAUUUGCCCACAUUAAGCUGAUCACACGCCUCGCUGAUGCCCCCUGCUGGUGAAGCACCUGUAACUGACAGAAGGAGCUAAACGGGGACAUUCACUACAAUGAAAAUGAGUACAGUGUUUUCUUUUGACAACACUCUAAAAAGGGUAUGUUCCUCUGCUAUGAAAUUGCACUUUUAUUUGUGUUUUAUUUAUUGACAGUGCAUAGAUGCAUUGCAUUACAGUGACAUGAAUCACAAUGGUGUCGUGAUGCUUGUAUUAUGCAGAGAAUCAGUAAAAUGUCCUUUACUGAUGCUUGAUAACAUGAAUAAAAUCCCA